UGCAAUCAGGCGAAUUCGUCUGUUUCUGUUUCAACUUUAUACCUUCACUCAAUUCAUAAAAGAAGAAAACAACUGCAAAAAUUGAAAGAAAAAUGAAAAGUCUGUAGCCGCGCUUGAUCUUUGCGUUUCUUUCGAUCUUCAAAGUAUUAGGGUUUUCAAUCUCCACUGCUCCUCUCUGGCCCGAUUCCUCCGCAUCCCUCGCUCUGAGUUUGAGCUAAAUCCUCAAUUUUCAUAUCCUGAUUCAGUUUUUUAGCUCACAGAUCUGCUCUGCUCGCCCGGUUUCUCAUUUGCUUAGCCAUCUGCCGCCACGGAUACGACACGGCCGCGCAGACGCCAUGUUCUGGAAGCUCACUGCUAUGUCCGCCUCAUCUCCGGUUGAGGCUGUGCUGGAUAAGGAAAAUUUUACUUUGGAAGAGCUUUUGGAUGAAGAAGAGAUAAUCCAAGAAUGCAAAGCAUUGAAUAGCCGUCUUAUUAAUUUUUUGAGGGAUAGGGCUCAGGUGGAGCAGCUACUGCACUAUAUUGUCGAGGAGCCUCCUGAAGAUGCAGAUAACAAACGGACCUUCAAGUUUCCUUUCAUUGCCUGUGAAAUUUUUACGUGUGAAAUUGAUGUUAUCUUGAAGAUGUUGGUGGAUGAGGAAGAGCUUAUGAAUUUACUCUUCUCUUUUCUGGAACCAGACCGUUACCAUAGCGCACCGUUGGCUGGGUAUUUUAGUAAGGUUGUGGUAUGCUUAAUGCUGAGGAAGACCGUUCCUCUAAUGAAUUAUGUUAAGGCUCAUCAGGAUAUUUUUAGACAACUGGUUGAUUUGAUUGGUAUCACAUCCAUAAUGGAGGUCUUAGUGCGACUUGUAGGUGGAGAUGACCAUCUCUACCCGAAUUCUUUGGAUGUCAUGCAGUGGUUGGCUGACAGCAAUUUGUUAGAAAUGAUUGUCGAUAAACUUAAUCACGCAAAUCCUCCUGAAGUACAUGCUAAUGCAGCAGAAACAUUAUGCGCUAUUACUAGGAACAUGCCAUCUCCUCUUGCCACUAAACUAUCCAGUCCAGGCUUUGUGGGUAGAAUAUUUGGUCAUGCACUUGAAGACCCCCUUUCAAAAUCUGCCCUUGUCAACUGUAUUUCUGUUUGUAUUUCACUAUUGGAUCCAAAAAGAUCAAUGCCUUCACCAGUAUUUUACUCGUUCAGAAGUCAACAUGUGUAUGAACCACCAGUGCAUGUCAAUCCAGACACAGUUGGUGCUAUGCUCCCCAAACUAGGAGAGCUCCUGAUGCUUUUGAAUGUUUCAUCCGAUGAGAAGGUUUUACCAGUGACAUAUGGUGAACUGAGGCCUCCUCUUGGAAAGCAUCGAUUGAAGGUUGUGGAAUUCCUUGCUGUGCUGCUAAAAACUGGCAAUGAAGUGGCAGAGAAGGAAUUGGUCAGCUCUGGGGCAAUUCACAGAGUCCUUGAUCUCUUUUUCGAGUACCCAUACAAUAAUGCUUUACAUCAUCACGUGGAGAGCAUUUUAUAUUCAUGCUUGGAAAGCAAAAAUAAUGCCAUUAUUGAUCAUCUUCUUCUCGACUGUAGUUUGGUACCAAAGAUUCUUAAAGCUGAGAAAAAUUCAACACUUGGUGAACUGAAUCAGCAGCCAACUGUGCCAGCAACCGGAAGAUAUGCUCCUCGAGCAGGAUACUUUGGGCACUUGACACGUAUAUCAAAUAAAUUAAUUCAGAUGGGAAAUGAUGAAAUUCAAAAGCAUCUCCAGGAAAACAGUGAGUGGAAUGAGUGGCAGACUACUAUCUUACAGGAGCGUAACAUAGUUGAGAAUGUUCACCGGUGGGCUUGUGGCCGACCAACUGCACUUCAAGACAGGACCAGAGAUAGUGAUGAGGAAGAUGUUCAUGACAGGGAUUAUGAUGUCGCAGCAUUGGCAAAUAAUUUGAGCCAAGCAUUUAGAUACAACAUAUAUGAUAAUGAUAAUGCCGAGGGGGAUGGAUCUAUUGACCGCGGCGAUGAGGAUGUUUACUUCGACGAUGAGUCUGCAGAAGUUGUAAUUUCAUCCUUAAGGUUGGGUGACGACCAAGGGAGCAGUUUGUUCACAAAUUCCAACUGGUUUGCUUUCCAAGAUGACCAAUCUGGUGGUAAUGAUCUUAAGUUCAAUGGUACAUCUAAUGGUAGUGACGGCAGUGCUGAUGAUGAGGUAGUGGUAGGAGAGAUUGAGGAAUCAUCAGCAAGUAAAACUUCUAGCAAUGGCUCAUCUGCUACCACAAAUCCUUUUGUUGAUGAGCUCAUUGUAAACAACUCCAGUGGCGUCGAGUCAAUGAAUGAGAGAACUGGUGAUCUUAGUUUCUUUCAAUUUGAGGCACCAGAAUAUGAGGAUCCAUUUGAAGACAGGCCAAUGCCUGAAUGGGUAGCAUGGGGUGAAGUUUCAGCAGACCUUCAAGUUGGUGGCUCUAGCCUGAACCCCUUUGAAGAUGAAGGCGGCACGACAGACAACAAUGUGCAUUUGGUAGAGGCCAGUAAUGCUUCGAUAAGUACCACUUCAAGUGGAGGAGGCUCCCUACCAAAUGGGAAAUCCAGUUGUGCUGAUUCCCAUGAGUCAGAUAUGUUUGAUUCUAGUGAGAGGAGUGUUGCUGCACCAUCUUUGUUCGAAGAGGAUGUUGAGUUUGUUGGUGUGGAGAUAGAAGGUACACAAAAAGCUAUGGAGCAUGCUCUCAAGGAAGGAAUUGUAGGGGAAGCUGGGCCCUUGAAAAGGAAUAUCAUACCAACAAAACCAGAGGAGUCGGAUGAUGGCAGUGCUGGUAUUAAAAAGGAAUUCAACGAUUCUAACUAUUGGAGUGUUGAUCAGGAAGUUGUGGUGUCAGAAUAAGCUAUAAUCAACCUCGGCCGGAAUGAUGAAGGAGUUAAGCCGCUGCCAUUGGUACAGUACGGUAUGACUGACAUGAUGCUGCAUAGUUGUGUCUGGGCUAUUUAAUUCAGGGCUGGUUCAGUUUUGACCAAGUAUUUGACGUUUGCAUUUGCUUACUAUGAAAGAUGACUAGUUGUGUAAAAUGAAAUAUCAAGUGAUGUUUUCACGUUAGUGAAUGCGUUGUUUGCAGAGAUGAGACGGUAUGAAUCAAGGGUUGGAUCAUCAAAAUGAAUCAGUAAACUUUUCAUUUCAUACUCUACGUUCAUCAUCUUCAAACUCAGGUCUACUCGUACUCGUACUCUACCCAAUCCUUGGUCGCCAACAAGUGGAAUGAGAUGUUAAACGAAUGUGAAAAUUUUCUUUUCCUAUAAAUGUUACUCCCUUUGUAAUUUUUGGACAGAUUCAUGUUUUUUGAUUAAUCACCAUUAUUUGGAUAAUUUUGAUCA